AUGUCUAGCGCACUCCCAGCACUCGACCAAUCAUGUCUGUCGGCUUUAAAAGCAUUGAUGGCCAACAUGAAGGCCGUCGUCCUCCAUCACCCCGGACCCCCUGGAUCCCUCAAACUCGAAACCCGCCCAAUCCCCACACCGGGCAAAGGCCAAGUCCUCAUCCAAAUCAAAGCCUUCGGCCUCAACCGCUCCGAACUCUUCACACGUCUCGGAUACUCUCCGAACGUCAAACUCCCCCGCAUCCUCGGCAACGAAGCCGUGGGCCUCAUCCACGAAGCGCCCGGCGGCGAGUUCGAAAAGGGCGACGUCGUCGCGACGUGCAUGGGCGGCCUGGGGAGACAAGUCGAUGGCGGGUACGCGGAGUUUACGCUGGUGAAGGCGGAGUACGCGCGGGCCGUCCGGACGGAGUUGCCGUGGAACGUCCUCGGUGCCCUGCCGGAGAUGCUGCAGACGUCGUGGGGUGCACUGAAUCGGAAUCUGGGCAUCCGGGAAGGCGAAACGCUGCUGAUCCGGGGCGGUACGACGUCUGUGGGCCUCGCGGCGGCGGCGAUCGCGAAGAGUCAGGGGGUCGUUGUGCUGGCGACGACGCGGAGAACUGAUAGGGAGGGGUUGCUUCGCGCUAGUGGCGUUGAUCAUGUUGGUGUUGAUGUCCUAGAGCUGGUCGGGUCAACGCUCACGGAUUCGGUUCGCUGCGUGAGGAAAAGUGGGAAGGUUUGUCAGGUGGGGGUGGUUGGAGGGAACAAUGCGGAUAGUGCGGAUGAUGCGUUGCCGGAUGGGGCGACGUAUGCGUUCUAUGGCGGGGAGCAGGAGGAUUUUCACGCGUUGCCGCUGGAGAAGCUGCUGGGGCAGGUGCGGGAUGGGACCUUGCCGGUGCAGAUUGGGAGGACUUUUCGGUUGGAGGAGAUUGUGGAGGCACAUCGGGUCAUGGAGGAGAAUACUGCUGGGGGGAAGAUUGUGGUACUCACGUAG